AUGCCAGUCACAGAGUUCUCCCUCAGGGAGAAAACCGAAGCCGUCCCGGAUGCCCUCCCAGUCGGCCAAAACUCCCCACAGAAGCCACCACACGGCCUCUACGCCGAAAAGCUCUCGGGCACCGCCUUCACCGCACCGCGUUCCGAGAACAAACAGACAUGGCUCUACCGCAUCCUCCCCAGCUGUUCGCACCCGCCCUUUGAGCCGGCCUCGUCCCAGCCCACCAACGGCCACGGCCACGGCCACGGCCAGGCCGUGGACUUCAAGGAGUCGGCCGCGACAAAGAUGCACUACAUUCCCAAUCAGCUCCGCUGGGACCCCUUCGACCAGGGCUCAGGGGACACGGACUUUGUGAGCGGCCUGCACCUGGUCGCCGGCGCGGGGGACCCCACGGUCAAGUCAGGGCUGGGCAUCUACAUCUUUGCGGCGGCAAAGUCGAUGGACAAGAAGCAUGCCUUCUACUCCGCCGACGGCGACUUCCUCCUGGUCGCGCAGGAGGGCGCGCUUGACAUCCGCACCGAGCAAGGCUGGCUGCUUGUGCGGCCCAUGGAGAUCGCCGUGAUCCCGCGCGGCGUCAAGUUUGCCGUCUACCUCCCCUCGGGCCCCGCUCGCGGCUACGCCCUGGAGCUGUACCAGGGCCACUUUGUCCUGCCCGAGCUGGGGCCCAUCGGGUCCAACGGGCUCGCCAACGCGCGGGACUUCCAGGCGCCGGUGGCCUCCUUUGACGAGGACCACGGCAGCGUGGCCUUCGACGGGCCCAACAAGUACACCGUGACGGCCAAGUUCGCCAACAGCCUGUACCAGACCCUGCAGCCGCACACGCCCUUUGACGUCGUCGCCUGGCACGGCAACUACUACCCCUACAAGUACGACCUGGGCCGCUUCAACACCAUCGGCAGCAUCAGUUUCGACCACCCGGACCCCAGCAUCUUCACCGUGCUGUCGGCCCCCUCCGACCACGCGGGCACCGCCGUCGCCGACUUUGUCAUCUUCCCGCCCCGCUGGCUCGUCGGCGAGGAUACCUUCCGCCCGCCCUGGUACCACCGCAACACCAUGAGCGAGUUCAUGGGGCUCAUCCAGGGCGGGUACGACGCCAAGAAGGGAGGGGCGGGCGGGUUUAUCCCCGGCGGUGCGAGCCUGCACAACGUCAUGAGCGGCCACGGCCCGGACGCGGACAGCUACGAGGGCGCGCGGGACGCGGAGCUCGCGCCGGCCAAGGUCGGCGCGGGGAGCUGUGCCUUUAUGUUUGAGAGCUGCCUCAUGGUCGGCGUCACGGACUGGGGGCUCAAGACGUGCAGCAAGGUCCAGGAGGAGUAUAACCAGCACAGCUGGGGCGGGGUCAAGGUCCACUGGAAGCGGCCCGAGGGCGCGAGCGCUGAUGGGCAUUUGUUGUGA